AUGGCGCCUCUUUCUAGGCCCCUCCCACUAUGGACACUCAAGCCCGGGUAUACAGCAUACUACGUGAUAUCCGGGGCAACAUCGAGACGAUUCAUAUCGAACUCCAAGUCUACCGCAACACCAGACAUUCCAAUUCCACAGCAAGGCGCAUCGGUAGCCCCCACAGCGCAUAACAAUGCUCCUCCGCCUGCGCUCUCGGCUCUCCCUUUCCCUAUGCUUCUCCGCUCUCUCUUCAUCAACACCGUGUCUUCACAUCCACUUCUUCUGAGUCCGACUCUAAGGGCUCUGAAGUUUCUCUGCAAGCCGGGGCGGACCUGGAUCUUCGAUGUGGAUCGAAAUCCCUUGCUGCAUGCAAUCCUGAAAGCAACGUUCUACCGGCAAUUCUGUGCCGGUGAAUCCCCGUCCGAAACCAGAGCUGUAGUCCAGAGCCUCAAGGACCUGGGUUUACGCGGGGUGAUUCUCACAUAUGCAAAAGAAACCGUCUUCGACGUCCAUGAUAAGGCGGUCUCCGGGCCGGACACCGAGAACCUGGUCUCGGGAGACAAUAUCACAUCCUGCCCCAGCAUCUCCGCGUGGCGCGAGGGGACGUUAAAAACCAUUGAUCUAGUCGACGAAGGUGACUACCUUGCUCUCAAGCUAACCGGCGCGGGCCCGGCAGUGACCAACGCAUUUUCCAAAGGCGAUCUUCCGCCGACGCAAAUGCUCACGGCUCUCAGAGAUAUCUGUACCAAGUGUCAGGAGAAAGGGGUCCGCAUUAUCGUCGAUGCAGAAUCCCAGAACUUUCAACGCGGAAUAGCCCGAGUAACUCUGGACCUGAUGCGCACCUAUAACCGCAACGGGUCGGCACUCGUCUACAACACAUACCAAGCGUAUCUCAAAGCCAUGCCCAUAACACUGAAAGCGCACCUGGAAGCCGCAAGCCAAGAGGGCUUUACAUUGGGUUUGAAGCUUGUUCGAGGCGCUUACCUGGCUACGGACGAGCGGUCUCUCUUUCACGAUACCAAGGAGGACACCGAUCGGGCAUACGAUACUAUCGCGCAGGGUGCUCUACGCCAGGAACUCUGGGAAUACGGAGCGCAGGGAAGCUCUCAUGGGAAACAGUUUCCCUCGGUGAAUUUGUUCCUGGCGAGCCAUAACAGAAAGAGUCUGUUGGCUGCCCGGCAACUGCACCAGCAACGUCUCAGGGAACAACUGCCAACAGUACCAGUUGGUUUUGGUCAGUUGCAUGGGAUGGCUGACGAGGUGAGCUUUAGCCUUGUCCAGUUGAAGGAUGAAGCGGGGUCGUCCCCAGAUGUAUACAAAUGUUCAUCCUGGGGGUCGAUGUCGGAAUGUCUGGCAUAUAUGACCAGGCGGGCCAUUGAGAAUCGGGAUGCUGCAGGAAGAACGAAGGAUGAGUAUGCUGCGUUGAAGGUCGAAGUCCGGAGGAGGCUCUUACGCUUUUUCUCUCUGUCCUCGAAUUAA